AUGUUUCCAUCGUCACCCUACUACCACCGUCGGUACAUCCACGAGUCACCCUACUACCACCGUCGUUACAUCCACGAGUCAUCCUACUACCACCGUCGGUACAUCCACGAGUCACCCUACUACCACCGUCGGUACAUCCACGAGUCACCCUACUAUCACCGUCGGUACAUCCACGUGUCACCCUACUAUCACCGUCGGUACAUCCACGAGUCAUCCUACUACCACCGUCGGUACAUCCACGAGUCACCCUACCAUCACCGUCGGUACAUCCACGAGUCACCCUACUAUCACCGUCGGUACAUCCACGAGUCACCCUACUACCACCGUCGGUACGUCCACGAGUCACCCUACUAUCACCGUCGGUACAUCCACGAGUCACCCUACUAUCACCGUCGGUACAUCCACGAGUCACCCUACUACCACCGUCGGUACAUCCACGAGUCACCCUACUAUCACCGUCGGUACAUCCACGAGUCACCCAACUACCACCGUCGGUACAUCCACGAGUCACCCAACUACCACCGUCGGUACAUCCACGAGUCACCCUACUAUCACCGUCGGUACAUCCACGUGUCACCCUACUAUCACCGUCGGUACAUCCACGAGUCAUCCUACUACCACCGUCGGUACAUCCACGAGUCACCCUACAAUCACCGUCGGUACAUCCACGAGUCACCCUACUAUCACCGUCGGUACAUCCACGAGUCACCCUACUACCACCGUCGGUACGUCCACGAGUCACCCUACUAUCACCGUCGGUACAUCCACGAGUCACCCUACUAUCACCGUCGGUACAUCCACGAGUCACCCUACUACCACCGUCGGUACGUCCACGAGUCACCCUACUAUCACCGUCGGUACAUCCACGAGUCACCCAACUACCACCGUCGGUACAUCCACGAGUCACCCAACUACCACCGUCGGUACAUCCACGAGUCACCCUACUAUCACCGUCGGUACAUCCACGAGUCACCCUACUACCACCGUCGGUACAUCCACGAGUCACCCUACCAUCACCGUCGGUACAUCCACGAGUCACCCUACUACCACCGUCGGUACAUCCACGAGUCACCCUACUACCACCGUCGGUACAUCCACGAGUCACCCUACUACCACCGUCGGUACAUCCACGAGUCACCCUACUAUCACCGUCGGUACAUCCACGAGUCACCCUACUACCACCGUCGGUACAUCCGCGAGUCACCCUACUAUCACCGUCGGUACAUCCACGAGUCACCCUACUACCACCGUCGGUACGUCCACGAGUCACCCUACUAUCACCGUCGGUACAUCCACAGCCCUGAUCGAUCCGUGUGGGCACUCGACAAAAAGUUGAAUAACCAAAUCUAG